GCCAUCUUGCUUAGAAUUUCUUGUAGCAUUUUUGGUCCAGCAUGCAGCAGGUUUAAGUUGGUAUUGCUGUGUUGGUUUUUCAGUCAGUGGUGCCUGUUUCCUGGAGAACAGAGUCCAGAGGGUCAACAUUUUUCCUGCUUGCUUUUAUGGAAACAAUUCUGCCCUGGAUACCAUCCUAGGAAUUUCCAGAGAGAAGACAGAAUGUGCACUAGGGCAGCAUCCACCACCAGUGUCUUACUGCAAAGCUGAGCAAGAUAACUUGUUGGUGCACCAACCAGAUGAGCCAGAGAACCCCAAGGUUCUGAGAGUUGCCAUCAUUGGAGCACCAAAUGCUGGGAAAUCUACCCUCUCGAAUAAACUCUUGGGCAGAAAGGUUUUCCCAGUAUCUAAGAAGGUGCACACCACACGCUGCAAAGCCCAUGGGGUCAUCACAGAAGAAGACACUCAGCUGAUCAUCCUGGACACACCUGGCCUCAUCAGCCCCAUGAAAGCCAAAAGGCAUAAUCUGGACAAAUCCCUGAUACAUGAUCCAUGGGACAGCAUGAAACAUGCAGACUUAGUUCUGGUUUUGGUGGAUGUGUCAGAACGCUGGACACAGAACCGUCUGAAUCCCCAGGUGCUGCAGUGUCUUUCUCAGUUCCCACAGAUUCCCAGCAUCCUGGUCAUGAACAAGGUGGAUCUGCUGAAGAGAAAGGCCCUUCUGCUGGACCUGGUCACUGAGCUCACAGAGGGAGUGGUAAAUGGAAAGAAACUGAAAGUGAAAUCUAUGUCUAAGAUGCAUUCAGACUCUACCAGAAACAGUCCCCUUCAAAGCAUCCAAACUUGUCUGUCUGAGAAUACAUCCAAAGAGUCUGGUUAUCUCCAGGAUGCCAGUGAAGUCCAGAGGGGCUCUGGCUCAGAUACAAGUUGUAACAUGAGGGCAUCAAACUCUGAUCAUAUGUUGGAAGGCACAGAGAAAGCGCAAAUUGCAAACCACCAGGUAUCUAGAGACUUAAAGAACAAGAAAGGCUGGCCGCACUUCCAGGAGAUCUUCAUGCUAGCCGCUAUUAAUGGAGAGGCAGUGGAGACACUGAAGAAGUACCUCCUGAUGCAAGCCAAGCCAGGUCGAUGGGAGUACCACAGCAGGGUUUUGACAAGCCAGUCGCCCCAGGAGAUCUGUGAUAAUGUAAUUAGGGGGAAGCUACUGGAGUAUCUGCCACAGGAAGUGCCCUACACUGUGCUUCAGAAGACGGAGAUGUGGGAGGAAGGGCCGAGUGGGGAGCUCAUCAUCCUGCAGAACCUGCUGGUCCAAAAGGAGACCCAUGUGAAGAUGCUGAUUGGUGUGGGAGGUCAGCUGAUCAGCAGGAUUGCUCAGGAGGCCGGUGAGGACCUGAUGAACAUAUUCCUGUGCGACGUCCACUUGAAGCUCCGUGUGAAGCUGAAGAAAUGAGCUGCUUAUUUAGUUGUUACCAACUCUUGUCUGACCACGAAUGAAGAG